CAAAUAAGUAGGGUCGGAUCGGAUCGGGUCUGAUAUUAGGGUCGUCUUCUGAUACCGACAGCAGCACCUUUGCACCCGACUGGUCAUUUGUCUCAAAUCUGCUGUGGCCGGCGUUGUACUCACCGUAGGGUGUACCGGUGGGCGAUUGGAUAGCUUCGUGGGGAAAAUUUGUUAGGUAUCAAGAUGGGCGAAAGUGGGAAGCGCUCACGCUCACAUCGGGAUGACUCAGACAGCAAAAACCAGAAGAGGAGAACUUAUAGGGAAAAGGACAGAGAUGAAAGGGGAAGUGAUGAACUCGUUGUGUUCAGGAUUCUCUGCCCUGAUAGUGUUAUUGGGAGUGUGAUUGGAAAGAGUGGGAAAGUGAUUAAUUCAAUUCGUCAGGAAUCAAGGGCAAAGGUCAAGGUAGUUGAUCCAUUUCCAGGUUCUAAAGAUAGAGUUAUCAUUGUGUACUGCUAUGUCAAGGACAAGGAUGAUAUUGAGAUUGAUGAUGAAUUUAAUGAUAGCAAACCUCUUUGUCCUGCGCAAGAUGCACUCCUUAAGGUACAUGCAGCAAUUGCUAAUGCUGUUGCUGUACUUGAAGAACCUGAAAGACAAAAGAGAAAUAAAGCUGAUGAGGAAUGCAAGCUUCUUGUUCCAUCUAGCCAAUCUGCCAACAUUAUUGGCAAAUAUGGUGCAACCAUUAAAAAGCUAAGAAACAAGACUAGGACGCAUAUCAAAGUUAUUCCCAAGGAUGCCAGUGAUCACACUCAUUCCUGUGCCUUGGAGUUUGACAAUUUCAUCCUGAUAUCUGGUGGCUCAGAGGCUGUCAAGAAAGCACUCUUUGCUGUUUCCACAAUUAUGUACAAGAUUGCACCCAAGGAAAGCAUACCCCUAGACACGUCCAUCCCAGAAGCACCACCUAGCAUCAUCAUACCAUCAGACCUUCCCAUAUAUCCUGCCACUGGACUUUAUCCAAGUGUAGAUGCUGUUAACCCUGCUAGACCAGUUUCUUCGAUGUUAGGUCCUUCACAUGCACCAGACAUACCGGGUUAUACAGAUGCUGGGAGCACAUGGCCUAUGUAUUCAUCAGCUCUUCCAGUGGUGUCUGGUUAUGGUGGUUCAUCAAGGUCCAAAGAAUUAAUUAUAAAAAUUUUGUGCCCAUCCAACAAGAUUGGCCGUGUUAUUGGAAAAGGUGGAAGUUCCAUUAAGAACAUAAGGCAAGAGAGUGGUGCUCGUAUUGAGGUUGACGAUCCCAAGGGCAAUCAUAAGGAGUGUAUUGUUUCUGUGCUCUCAACAGAGUCCCCCGAUGAUUUGAAAUCCAUGGCGGUUGAAGCUGUGUUGUUGUUACAAGUAAAAAUAAAUGAUGGAGAGGAUGACCACGUGGCUAUGCGACUUCUGGUCCCAUCAAAGGUUAUUGGUUGUAUCAUUGGGAAAAGUGGUUCUAUUAUCAAUGAAAUGAGAAAAAGAACUAAAGCUGAUAUACGGAUUUCGAAAGGCGAGAAACCAAAAUGUGCUGAUGAAAGUGAUGAACUUGUGGAGAUCUUUGGACAAGUUGGUAAUGUAAGAGAUGCACUUGUUCAAAUUAUAUUGAGACUCCGGGAUGAUGUUUUGGUGGAUAAAGAAGAUGUUUGUAAUUCUUCUGCUGGUGUCGAGGGAUUAUUCGCCAGUGGUACACCGCUUCCUUUCUCCUCAGUUUUACACAAUUUGCCUACUAGUGGUUCAUUGGGUUAUGAGCCUAGGGCAGAUGCUGGGAGUGGAUUUGGUUUGCAUUCUUCAAGUGCAUAUGAAUAUGGUUCCAUAUCGAUGGGUGAUAGUGUCUAUGGAUCAUUGGCUACACGAUCCACAUCUCUGUAUGGAGGGUUGCCUCUUCCAUCUGCUCUGGAAAUGGUUAUCCCUGCACAUGCUGUUGGCAAAGUCAUGGGAAAAGGUGGCACAAAUAUUGAUAACAUCCGCAGGAUUUCUGGAGCGGAUAUUGAGAUUUCUGAUUCCAGAACCUCCCGAGGUGAUCGUGUGGCUUUCAUAUCUGGCACCACUGAGCAGAAGCAUGCUGCAGAAAACUUGAUUCAGGCAUUCAUCAUGGCCACCUAAGUUCAUAAGUCAAAAAUAUCACGGAGCUUCUUUUAAUGUUAUUAUCACCGUAUCUCCUUUAGAUUUCAUCAGUGGUGAUUGGUUCAUAGACUUAUGUUGAACUCCCAUCUCUUCAAUAGGAAAUCUUAUGAAGAUAGUUCUGUCUGUUUGGAAACAUGUUUAGGUUUCAUGUGGUUUCACUUCUAGCCUCCCUGCAUAAGCAGCAGUGUUAUAUCAUGUGGGAUUCUUUCCUUCCGUAGAAUUGAUCAAAUUCUCUUCAUCAUCUUCUAUUUCCAGCAAUGCUUGCUCAUGACUUGGCGUUAAGUUGUUGGAAAUCAUGGCAUGAAUCCUCUAUGUUCGCAUUCCUUCCUUAUUCCGCUACUUUCUGGAUUACUGAUGCACCUUGGUCAUGGUCAUGCCUUGUGUGCACGGAAGUAGGUUUGGAUAAGCUUUUCUGCUAAAAUUCGCUUACUAUUAGCAAUCUCUCCUACCUUUUUUGUAUGUUCUAGCUUGCUAAAUAUCUUAUUUUAUUCAUGAAAUUGCAAAAUUUGAAGUUGCUUAGAUGUUGAGCAGCUUGCACAUAUUUCUGUUGAAUACAACUUCUUCCCCCUUUUAGUUAUUUAUUACCCACAACCAAAAUAAUACCCUUAAUUCAAGACAAAUUCCCUUCUUUUUUCUUUUUUUUUGUCACUUUGCUGAGCACCCUAAAAGGGUUUUACUAGUAGAUUUUAGUUUACUGUGAUUAUCCAAACCUUUAGUCACAAGUGCAGUUUAUCUAUAAAUCUGCACAGCAUCUGCCAUGUACUGAAUGACUUCCUUCUAUUCUGGCCUCACUGGCUUUAAAGUUCCUCCACCCUUAUCCUUGAAAGGACCUAAAGUUGCAUCUUGAUUCUAGGAUUUAUUGUAAUUCUUUAUUAUUUAUUUAUGGAACACUUAUAUUGCUUCGAAAAUAUUGGUUUCAAACUUUAUCCCACUUUGAACUAUGCUGUCAUCUUGUCUCUCAUUCUAGCGUGUUUUUAUCCGCCUAUAUUUGGUCACUUGUCCUUCGCUUCAAUAAUGUUUCUCAUUUCCAUCCGUUAAUAUUUGUUUUUCCAAGUGAAAGCAGAUGCCUCUAUGAGUCUUUGAACGAAAUUGGUUAUAUGGUUAGCACCAUUGCUGCAAUUCAUACUUCCUGUGCAUUGAGUGAUAGAUUAAUUGAAUUGUGAUUGACCUCCUCUGGAAAAUCUAUGCUUUCAUCGUAUAUAUGUUUGAUCUGUUUUCAGUUGUAUAUAAUUCAUUUGCUUGAUGCCAUCUUCAAAUUCUGUUUCUUGAUGUCCUGUUCUUUCAUUGUCUAGCCAUGCAAUCCGUCAAUUGUGAAUUUACGGAGAUGGUUUAAUUUAACUCAGCCGAAAGAAGUCAACAACUAUUGUCUGCAUACUUAAUACUUUUGUGUUUAUGCUCAAAUGGCUCUGCCUUGAAUAUCUAAAGUAGUGGUGCUGUUUCUGAAGCAUAAUAUAUCUUUUUUCUUGUAUCCUCUGCUUUUUAUAUGAAGGGUUUGCUUUUAAUCCCGUUGUGGUACUCAGCUAUUAGUUUUCCAGUUGCUACUACCCUUAAAUAUUCUCUGUUUUCUGCUUUUUCCGGCUUGAAUGGAAGAGGAAGAGGGUUUUGGGAGGAAAUGAGGAUUUUGGUGACCUUGUACAUUGCCUUAUAGUCUCCUAUAUCAUUUCCCUUUUGAGCUUGGUUAGGGUUUCAGAAUUUUAUUAAUGCAACCUCUCAAGCAAACACUCUUUAUUAUAGUGGUGUUUUAGCUGGUAGUCGAUGGUGAAAUUCCAUCAGAGGCCAGAUUUCUUUCAGCUUUUAGCCAGGUGAUUCUUGGUAGUUAAACAGACAUGUCCCCCUCACAACAUCCAGGUUGCAUAAUUCCCAAGAUAGCUAGUCCUUGUAGCUCCAAUGAAUCCCCUAUCUUUAUUCUCUAAGAGUUUUAUUGAGCCUAAUGUCUUCCCCAUUCUGGUAGUAGCUGAGUGGACAGGGAUGGUGGGGGAGUAGAGGGUUUCAUAUAGUUCAUAUAAAUGUCACCUCUUUGUUACACCUUGAGCUUAAAAGUAGUGGAGAUUGGAGAGCUGUUGUGAUGAAAGACAGGGUAAGGUUCCAUUGGAGAGCUGUUGUGGUUUUUGGCAGGGAAGAAGCUCUUUUGGGUGGCUGUUUCUGAGGUUGUCUUAGAAGAAACAUCUCUUUUAUAUGUUGUUCUGAGAGUGAGGAGAAAAUUUCUAGUGUUCUUCUUUUGCCUUAUUGCUGUUGUUGUAGAUUGAUUAACUGCCUCAUUGGUUCUUCAUUUUACAAGUUUCACUGUGUACAAUAGAUUAAUAGAAGUACAUCAUUCUUCAUGCGACAAGUUAAUAAAAAUUAUUUGAUUUUA